CUAUUUACGUUCUUAUCUUCUCCUUAGUUUUUCGACGUUCCGUUUCUACGCUUGCCCCCCAAUUUUCCAUGCAGUUUAUCCUCCUCUCGUUUUACGUCUCCGCCACUUAGCAUCGGGCUGUGGCAAUUUCACAAUCAGAAAUAAUCCGGUCCCGUUGCGAAAAUACGGAUACUUCCGUAUGUAAAUUUCCUUCUACUUUUUUGCGCGUGCUUGGUAGAAUGGGCAAAUGGCGUCCAUUUCCCGUGAGAAGAGUCCAGAUGUUCCACCGUUGGAAACAUCGCUCGGCCUAAAAACUUCUCUAAAUUAUGUGGACGCGUCAUGCAAUUCGAUUUAAAGAAUAUUUAAAUAGAAGACGCCGCUUCCGACUUUUAUCCCAAAUUUAAAUAUUACAAACCGCGCCGGUCUCUACCCGUCUGAACAAAAUGAAAGAAAGUGGAGGAAAAUAUUAUUUUCCGGCCGGCCGUUUCCCCGGGGUAAGAAUUCCCGUAGUACGUGGUACCACGGGCCACAUCAGACCGGAGCAUCCAAGGAGGGGGCGGGCGUAGAACUGACAGAAUAUUCCAAUUUCCCGCCGGAGACCCAUUUCCGACUUCCUAAUGGGACGCGGUCGGCCGAAUCUCUACUCAAGUCAUCGACGGUGGCACCCGACGAGUCAUCGACCCGGCUGGUUACCGCUUUCGACCCACCGAUGCUAAGCACGUGAUGUCGACACAACUCCGUAUAUAUAGAUGAUCCGUUAAAUCACGUGUUAGGCUCGGGGUGGCGCGUCUUCCGACUCGGUCUCGGUUGGCGACUUGCGUUCUUCGUCGAUGCCAUGAUCUUGCCACUGCUCCUGUUGGGUAUCGGCUCGUCCCUACCGGCCGGGUACGGCCUUCGAGGUCCGCAGCUUCCGCCGGGUAAUGUAACCAUCUGUCCGGGAGAAUGUGUUCACAGCUUGGCUGCCAUUUUAUGCGAUCAUAUUAUAGAAGAACUGCCUUGCAACGAAGUUUUUCUAAAAUGUUGCGUUUCUAAGGAUUUAAAACUUGGAACACCCGUCGAGACGUCUCCACCUCUGCCCGAAGAUUAUAUGGAACCCACGAGAGAUCCGGAAGAAAUGAAUGUAGAUCUAACGACUUCCGUAUCGGAAGCUAUUUUGAAAGAAACGAAUGUAACAGAUCCUCCACCGUUAAGACAGACUAACGUCACAUCGGAAUUUCUUUCGGACAGUCCUCUAAACAAUCAACGAGAACCGUGUCCGGGACACUGCAUAGAAAAACAAUACGCCAGAUUUUGUAGUAAUUUGCUACGAGACUCUAUUUGCGAAAGUGGCGUGUGUUGUUCGGUGAGUCCGACUACAUCCACGCCUUCAACGAAAACAACGGCUACUCAGUCGUUUCCGUCCAAACAAACGUCCGUAUCUUCGACUUCCGGACCUACGUGUCCGGGUAGCUGCGUUUCGCCGAUUUUUAGUCUUUUAUGCGACGAAGUAAUGGAAAAUUUCCACUGUCCGAACGAGGGCAGAUGCUGCUUAAACAAACCCGAAACUACGGAACAACCGCCUUUUAGACAGUGUCCCGGAUCCUGCAUCCCUACUUUUCUCAGCGGAGUCUGUAAUAAACCUUCGAAAUUAAUUUUACAAACGUCCGACUGUAAUGCCGGAACCAUCUGCUGCUUUACUUCCGAUGUCAAAGAUUCGCCUGCAAACGGACAAAGACCUCCUCUUCCCCCUCCUCCUCCGGUUCGACAGAAACCUUUCCCGCCUCACAGACGCCCGGUUAACCACGUCCCGUCUCCACAUCAUUCGAUUCCUCAUCUCAGCACUAAAAACCCGCAAGGCAACGCGGAAUUCGAAGAAAAUCCGGCAACUUCCAGACCUCUAGAACAACCAUUCUGUCCCGGACCCUGUAUAGCGUCGUUUUUAAAAUUCACGUGUUUCGGUGCUAACGUCGUCCACGUCGGUUUUUUCUGCGCGAAGGUCGGAUCCGUAUGCUGCGCACCCCUGUCCGAAAUACAAAAGUAUGAACAUCUCGCUCACGCCACCAAUUUGCAAAAAGAGUCGAAUCCUUCCGAGACUUCGAAUCCUCUCGUCGACUUGCGACCAUCUCCCUACGUAUGUGGAUUAAAAGGAACUGAAAGAAGAGAAACCCCCAGGGUUAUUGGUGGAACCGAUUCUAUUCCCGGAGAAUGGUGCUGGCAGGUAGCUCUAAUUAACGCUCAGAAUCAAUACCUGUGCGGAGGUGCGCUCAUCGGAAUCCAAUGGGUUUUAACUGCCGCCCAUUGCGUCACCAAUUUAGUCAGAAAUGGGGACGUCAUAUACGUCAGGAUCGGAGACCACGAUCUUACAAGUCAAUACGGAAGUCGAGGAGCUCGAACGCAUCGAGUAGCCACCACUUACGUCCACCACAGCCACAACAGCCAGACACUGGACAACGACAUCGCUUUACUCAAGCUGCAGACAUCCGUCGACCUCGACACCAGCGCCUGUCUAGUAUGUUUACCAGCUAGAGGAGCCAAUCGACAGGCUGGAAAAAGAUGCAUUGUUACCGGCUACGGAUAUCAAGGCGAAAACGGACCGAUUUCGUUAAAAAUUCGUCAAACCGAACUUCCCAUCGUCGACGACCAAGAAUGUUCCGUCAAGAUCAACGCGGUAACGGAGAAACUCUUCAUCUUGCCAGCGGGUAGCUUCUGCGCGGGGGGAGAGCGAGGAAACGACGCCUGUCAGGGAGACGGAGGAGGACCUCUGGUGUGCCGGACGGACGACUACUACCAGUUGACCGGACUGGUUUCUUGGGGUUUCGGAUGCGGACGGGAAGACGUUCCCGGAGUUUACGUCAAGGUUUCCGCUUUCGUCGGAUGGAUCAAUCAGAUAAUUAGCGUCAACGCUUAAAAAGGGAGCGGCGGUCGCCGUCUUCCACAAUUAUUAACUGAGGGAAAUGGUUUUGGUCUUUAAGCGAGACGACGUCGGAAACACGAAAUUAACU